GAAGCAGCAGCUGAGGAGACUCCGGCGCUCGCCAUGGCCGACAAAAAGCCCAAGAAAGGAGUCAAGACUGAGAACAAUGAUCAUAUUAAUUUGAAGGUGGCGGGGCAGGAUGGUUCUGUGGUGCAGUUUAAGAUUAAGAGGCAUAAACCACUUAGUAAACUAAUGAAAGCCUAUUGUGAACGACAGGGUUUGUCAAUGAGGCAGAUCAGAUUCCGAUUUGACGGCCAGCCAAUCAAUGAAACAGACACACCUGCACAGUUGGAAAUGGAGGAUGAAGAUACAAUUGAUGUGUUCCAGCAGCAGACAGGAGGUGUCUACUAAAAAGGGAACGUGCUACUUUACUCCAGAAUUCUGUUCCUCCAGACCAAGAAGACAUUCUCAAUUAGAAAACUGCAAUUUGGUUCCAUCACAUCCUGACUACUCCAGUAUAGUUUCUCUAUUCUUUCAUUUUCCCCUUCCCCAUUCCUUUAUUGUACAUAAAGUAACUGGUGUAUGUGCACAAGCAUACUGCAUUUUUUUUAAACUAAAUGGCCAAUGGUAUUUUGAUCAACAUCAAAUGGAGAUGGAAUGGGGAAAAAUACUGGUUCUGUGAAAAUACUCCCUUUUCUCCAUUAGUGGCAUGCUCAUCAGCUCUUAUCUUUAUAUUCCAGUAAGUUAUUUUGCUCUCACUGUUUAACAAAAAAAGAACAACAUAAAAAU